UUCCUGCUGACAUGAAGGACGUGCCGGGCUUCUUGCAGCAGAGCCAGAGCUCCGGACCUGGCCAGGCCGCCGUAUGGCACCGUCUGGAAGAACUCUACACUAAGAAGUUGUGGCAUCAGCUGACCCUUCAAGUGCUCGAUUUUGUGCAGGAUCCGUGCUUUGCCCAAGGAGAUGGUCUCAUCAAGCUCUAUGAAAACUUCAUCAGUGAAUUUGAACACAGGGUGAACCCCUUGUCCCUGGUGGAGAUCAUUCUUCAUGUCGUCAGACAGAUGACUGAUCCAAACGUGGCUCUCACUUUUCUGGAGAAGACUCGUGAGAAGGUGAAAAGCAGUGAUGAGGCAGUGAUCCUGUGCAAGACAGCCAUCGGAGCACUGAAGUUAAACAUUGGGGACCUGCAGGUCACGAAGGAAACAAUUGAGGAUGUGGAGGAGAUGCUUAGCAACCUGCCUGGCGUCACCUCCGUCCACAGCCGCUUCUAUGAUCUGUCCAGUAAAUACUACCAGACCAUUGGGAACCACGCCUCCUACUACAAGGACGCACUCCGGUUUCUGGGCUGCAUUGACAUCAAGGACCUGCCAGUGUCGGAGCAGCAGGAGAGGGCUUUCACGCUGGGGCUCGCAGGGCUGCUGGGUGAAGGAGUGUUUAACUUCGGCGAGCUCCUCAUGCACCCUGUGCUGGAGUCGCUGAGGAACACAGACCGGCAGUGGCUCAUUGACACUCUGUAUGCCUUCAACAGUGGAAAUGUCGAGAAGUUCCAGUCGCUGAAGGCUGCCUGGGGCCAGCAGCCCGACUUAGCUGCCAAUGAAGCCCAGCUUCUGAGGAAGAUCCAGCUUCUCUGUCUCAUGGAGAUGACUUUCACACGGCCUGCCAACCACAGGCAGCUCACUUUUGAAGAAAUUGCCAAAAGUGCCAAGAUAACUGUGAACGAGGUGGAGCUGCUAGUGAUGAAGGCACUGUCUGUGGGGCUGGUGAGGGGCAGCAUUGACGAGGUGGACAGACGUGUCCAUAUGACCUGGGUGCAGCCCCGUGUGCUGGACCUACAACAGAUCACAGGCAUGAAGGACCGGCUGGAACUGUGGUGCACGGACGUGCGGAGCAUGGAGAUGCUGGUGGGGCACCAGGCCUACGACAUCCUCACCUAGUGUCC